AUGCGGCCUCCAGGCUGUUGGUCUUUUUCUAGAGCUCCCCGCAGCAAAUUAGCCGUUCUAUAUCUAUGCUUUUUUUGCUGCUCUUGUGGCACACUGGCAGCACCAGCAGCAGCAGCAGCAGCAGCAGCAGCAACGGCAGCAGCAGAGUCGGGGAGGCUGCGAGCAGCACCCUUAGGUGAUGCGUCUGCUGCAGCUGCUGCUGCUGCUGCUCCGCCCCAGCUCUACUCGCGGGCCGGCGUUGGAGCGGACGCGCCACUCCUGGACAGCAGCAGCAGCAGCAGCAGCAGCAGCAGCAGCAGCAGCGGGAACCGGCAGCUAACGGCAAAUGCACCAGCACUGCAGCAGAACUUCCGGCAAACAAAAUGGAGCUCUGUGUCUGUGGGGCGAAGAUGGCUGGCAGCUGCUGCUCUUUGCAUCUUUGCAGCAGCUUAUUUGGUGCUGCGCUGCUCUCGUGCUGCUGCUGCUUCCGCGCUGCAGCAGCAGCAAGGGCUUGCUUCGCGUGAGCUAGCUGAGGGCAGCAGCAGAGAAGACAGCCACCGCGAGGACGCCGGCAGCAGCAGCAGCAGCAGCAGCUGGGACUGCUUGGGGCCGGGGCAGGCCCCGCCAGCUGCUGCUGCUGCUGCUGCUGCUGCUGCAACUGCUGCUGCUGAUCCUGCAGAAGCUCCUGCUACGCCUGCAGAAGCUAAUCUUGCGAGCACAGAGGACGGCGCUGCUGCUGCUGCAGAAGGCGGUGCUGCUGCUGCUGCUGGUGCUGCUGCUGCUGCUGGUGCUGCUGCUGGAGGCGGCGUUGCAGCAGGAGAGGGCGCCGCUGCAGCUGCUGCAGCAGACGACGGUGAUGCUGCUGCUGCUGCUGCAGAAGGCGGCGUUGAUGCUGCUGCAGGAGAGGGCGCGGUUGCUGGUGCUGCUGCUGCAGCAGGAGGCGGCGCUGCUGCUGCUGGUUGGAAUGACAGGGCUGGGGUGUCGGGUGCUGCUGCUGCAGCAGAUGCUGGUGCAGCAGGGGCUGCUGCAGCAGGGGCUGCUCCAGCAGAUGCUGGUGCAGCAGGGGCUGCUGCAGCAGGUGCUGGUGCAGCAGAUGCUGGUGCAGCAGGGGCUGCUGCAGCAGGGGCUGCUGCAGCAGAUGCUGGUGCAGCAGGGGCUGGUGCAGCAGGGGCUGGUGCAGCAGAUGCUGGUGCAGCAGGGGCUGCUGCAGCAGGGGCUGCUGCAGCAGAUGCUGGUGCAGCAGGGGCUGCUGCAGCAGGGGCUGCUGCAGCAGAUGCUGGUGCAGCAGGGGCUGGUGCAGCAGGGGCUGGUGCAGCAGAUGCUGGUGCAGCAGGGGCUGCUGCAGCAGAUGCUGGUGCAGCAGAUGCUGCUGCAGCAGGUGCUAGUGCAGCCGGUGCUGGUGCAGCAGGUGCUGCUGCAGCCGGUGCUGCUGCAGCAGGUGCUGGUGCAGCCGGUGCUGCUGCAGCAGGUGCUGGUGCAGCAGGUGGCGCUGCAGGAGUCGCUGCUGGAGCUGGUGCUGGUGCUGAAGCUGCUGCUGCUGCUGAAGCUGCUGCUGCUGCUGGAGCUGCUGCUGCUGCUGAAGCUGCUGCUGCUGCUGAAGCUGGUGCUGCUGCUGAAGCUGCUGCGGAAGCGCUGCUGGUGGAGGAGCGAGCAGCAGCGGUGCUGCGGCAGGCGCGGCAGCUGAUGCUGCUGGGGGGGCGGCUGCUGCCGCUGCUGCCGGAGUGGCAGCUGUCUUCGGGAGUGGUGGUGCUGCUGUCUUUGGUGACGCAGGAACUUGCUGCGCUGCGCUGCUUGCUGGGGCCGCUGCUGCAGCAGCAGUACCGAGCAGCAGCAAGAGCUGUGGAGCAAGAAGCCCGCAGACUUCUGCGGCGCUGGAAGAACAGCGGGGACUUAACAGGAAUGGUGCGGCGGACUCGGCGGCUGCUGGGGGUGCUGCUGCAGUCCGCGGAGUUGGUUGCUGCAGCGCCUCCGGAGCAGUACGGGGAGCAGCAGCAGCUGCUGCUGCAGUCGCUGGACUCCAGCAGCUUCGUGCUGCAGCGCUGCGCCGACGUGCUGCUGCUGCUGCUGCCCUGGACGCAGCAGCAGCACGAAGCCAAGUUCUUUGCUGCAGUCUGCCGCAGGCAGCGGCUGAACAACGUGGGCAUGGCUUCCUGGGCCGGCUUCGCGCCGGCGAAGCUGGGCACUUCCAUUGCGCACUUUUUGUCCAAAACUCGGUCUUCUCGCGGAUAUUAUUUCGCAUCUUUUCCAUUUUAUUUCGACUUUUUCAUUCUUUGCGAAAAAGGAGCCAAGCAGGGCGUACUGACAUGGCGAAACCAGGCAGUGCCGCACGUCGACAGCUUCCCGCCGCCGCAGCAGCAGCAGCAGCAGCACGCAGCAGCAACGCUGCCGCUGCUGCGCCACGUCCUCUACACCUUCCACGGCUGCGUCUACGCAGCAGCAAAAGCUGCAGGUUCUCACCGGGACUUCCGCUCCGCCAGUUUGCUGCGCGCGGAGAGCCAGCAGCGCCGCAGGGCCUGGGGAGUUCCCGAGGAAACUCUUGCUGCUGCUGCUGCGCUCGGCGCCGGCAGCAGCACCAUGCAGCUGCUCCACCGCUGCCGCGCCCCGCGCCACGGCAGAGCCGCCGCUGCUGCUGCUGCUGCUGCUGCUGCUGCUGCUGCUGCUGCUGAGUAUGAAGACGAGGAUAAGGAGUAUGACUUCGCAGCUCUUCCUGGUCCUGAUGCUGACGCUCUUGCUGCUGCUGAAGAGGACGACGCUGCUGCAGCGCUCUAUGAGGCGCCGCUGCUGCAGCCCGCCGGCCAGCCCCUCGAACACUCACAGUGGGAACUGCAGCAAGGCAGCAGCAGCAGCAGCAACUCAAAAGCCCACCUCGAAACCUUUUCAGAUCCCGAUUCUUCGGAAGAAGAAGAUUUCUUGGACGUGGAGGAAGCAGACGAGGGGCCUCUGGAACAUCUAGACAGCCGGCAAGGCUCUGCUGCAGCCGGCCGGGCCAGCGCUGCCCCCGAAUCUGUUGCUGCUCGCAGCACUGCGCCGCCUCCUUGGGAUCCUCAGGAGUCCGCUGAUGCGGCUGCUGCUGCUGCUGCUUCUCUUGCUGCUGCUGCUGCUGCUAAACUUCGUGAUCCUCAUAAUAUCCCUCCUCGUUUUUCUGCUCUUCUGUCUUCCGUUGCUGGUCAUGCUGCUCUUCGCGCUAGGGGUCCUCAAGGUGCUCAGAGCGCAGCUGCUGCUCGUCCUGCUGCUUCUCCUGCUGCUGCUCGUCCUGCUGCUUCUCCUGCUGCUGCUCGUCCUGCUGCUUCUCCUGCUGCUGCUCGUCCUGCUGCUCCUCCUGCUGCAGCUCGUCCUGCUGCUCCUCCUGCUGCAGCUCGUCCUGCUGCUCCUCCUGCUGCUGCUCGUCCUGCUGCUCCUCCUGCUGCUCCUCGUCCUGCUGCUCCUCCUGCUGCUGCUCGUCCUGCUGCUCCUCCUGCUGCUGCUCGUCCUGCUGCUCGUGCUGCUCGUGCUGCUCGUGCUGCUCCUCGCACCACCAGCGUCCAGCGCAGGUACUCUACCCGUCGGCACCCCCGCAACAAUGGACCAUCAGCAGCAGAAGCAGCAGAAGCAGCAGCAGCAGCAACAGAAAGAGCAGAAGCAGCAGCAGCAGCAGAAGCAGCAGCAGAAGCAGCAGCAGAAGCAGCAGCAGCAGCAGAAGCAGCAGCAGCAGCAGCAGCAGCAGAAGCAGUAGCAGAAGCAGAAGCAGCAGCAGAAGCAGAAGAAGCAGCAGCAGCAGCAGAAGCAGAAGAAGAAGCAGCAGCAGAGCGCUACAGCCGUAGAUAG